UGUUAGUGUGUGUGAGUGUGUGUGUGUUGAGAGAGUGAGUAUGAGUGUGUGGGUCCUUUUUGAGGAGCGGCAUCAUGGAAACGCAGGCAGGAAACCAGCGCUGCCCGAAUCCACAUUCCUGGGAUACUCAUUAAAUAUUUUUCUUUUUCCAUGAUUUUAGAAACGUCUUGGUGGAACUCAGGAGAUCACUGGAGAACCACGAGAUCGGUGAUUUUCUAUUUCACCUGGUGGAUUUUUUUGGAUUUGAUUGGUUUCUUCUUAUAUAUAUAUAUAUAUAUAUAUCUCAAUGGUUGCUGCUGGAUCUAUUGCAUUCUUCUAAGGACCUUCAGAGGCUUUUGUGUGCUCCUCAAUCGGCUCUCGGGCAAAACCCAGGACAUGAUACAUCUAUCAUACAAUAUUUAGACAAAGAGAAGAAACAAAGAAACUCUGAUUUUCUCCUUCUUUUCUCAUUCCUUUCUCACAAUAUGCGCCCUGGAACCUCAUCAAGAAGAUCUGCGGCUCUGAUUUGCGGUUUAUUUAUGGGAAAGGCUUCAUUCAGAAGAAAAAUGAUUCGGUUCAUUUGAUCCUUUUUUAUAUUUAUUUUGAGUCCAUAAAAAAACCUUUUUCCAUCACAUUAUUAUUAUUAUUAUUAUUAUUAUUAUUAUUAUUAUUCAUGGAGAUCAUGGACAGUGAGGUGUUCACACCACAGCUGGAGCAAUUUUUGCUCACUCCUCUGGUGGCAUGGGUCCAGACGGUUCUCCAGCCGAGCCCGAGCGACCGGAGCAGCCUUUCUCUCUACAUGGAGUUAGUGGAUGGGUCCUACCUUAACGAGGUCAUGUUGAUGAUAAAUCCCAAAGUCUCCAGCCAGAGAGUGAACAAGAAAGUGAACAACGAUGCAGUAUUACGUGUUCAGAAUCUCUCCAUCCUCAUACGCCACAUCAAAACAUACUACCAGGAGACCCUACAGCAGCUGGUAAUGAUGCCCCUGCCCAACGUACUGGUGCUCGGCCGAACCCCACUCACUGAACAAGGGCUUGCUGAGGUGAAGAAGCUGCUCUUGCUGUUGCUAGGAUGUGCUGUCCAGUGCGAAGAAAAGGAGGAGUACAUCGAGAGGAUCCAGACGCUGGAUUUUGACACCAAGGCGGCCAUCGCGUCUCACAUUCAGGAGGUCACUCACAAUCAGGAGAACGUUCUGGACCUGCAGUGGCUGGAGGGGGGCGAUUCUCCUCCUGAGGACCUAGACUCGCUCUCCAGAAACUUGGCUUUCCAUCUUCGACAACUGGUCGACGAGAGGGAUGAGCAGCUUGAGACCAUCGUGGAGCUGACCCAGGAGCGAGAUUGCGGUCAGUGUCCACCUCCACCUCCUCCGCCCUGUGCUCAGUCUCCCAGCGACUCGCCCAGCAUGCGGCGCACCGAGAGCAGGCAGCACCUCAGCGUCGAACUGGCGGACGCCAAAGCCAAGAUCCGACGCCUCCGCCAGGAGCUCGAAGAGAAAAGCGAGCAGUUGCUGGACUGCCGGCAGGAGCUGGAGAACCUGGAGAAAGAGCUGAAGAGGUUUCAGCAGGAGAAUCUCCAGUUGCUAUCUGAUGCACGCUCUGCAAGGGCCUACCGCGAUGAGCUGGACGCUCUGAGAGAAAAGGCGAUCCGAGUGGACAAGCUGGAGAGCGAAGUGGGACGUUAUAAAGAGCGUCUCCAUGACAUCGAAUUUUACAAAGCCAGGGUUGAGGAGCUCAAAGAGGACAAUCAGAUCCUGCUGGAGACGAAGAGCAUGUUGGAGGAUCAGCUGGAAGGCUCCAGGGCUCGCUCGGACAAACUGCACGAGCUCGAGAAGGAGAAUCUGCAGUUCAAAGCCAAAAUCCAUGACAUGGAGAUGGAGCGAGACAUGGACAGGAAGCGUAUAGAAGAGCUCCUGGAGGAGAACCUGACCCUGGAGAUGGCUCAGAAACAGAGCAUGGACGAGUCUCUGCACCUCGGAUGGGAGUUGGAGCAGCUUUCCAAAACCACACCCGAGGUCACCAACGUUCCUCAGAAGUCCCUGGGCCACGAGGUAAACGAGAUGACCUCCAGCCGCCUCCUGAAGCUGGAGAUGGAGAACCAGGCACUUCUGAAGACCGUGGAGGAGCUGAAGGGCCGUGGCGAGGCCAGCACCCGCCUCGUCAAGGCUGAAAAGGAGAACUUGAGGCUCAGUCAGAAGUUGGGGCAGCUGGAGAACGAAGCGCAGUCGGACAGGGAGAGUCUGCGCAGCGCUGAGAACCUAAGCUCGGAUCUGAUGAAGGAGAAAGCACAGCUGCAGAAAACCCUGGAGACUCUGACUGAGAACUCGGAGAGACAGGUGAAGUGGUUGGAGCAGGAGAACGAGCACUUGACCCAGACCAUCACGUCUCUCAGGCAGCGUUCCCAAAUCAGCGCCGAAGCCAGGGUCAAAGACGUAGAGAAGGAGAACCGUGUCCUUCACGAGUCGAUCAAAGAGACCAGUGGCAAACUGAACAAGCUCGAGUUUGAGCGCAAGCAGCUCCGCAAAGACCUGGAGUACUACAAGGAGAAAGGCGAGAAAGCUGAAGAGCUCGAAGCCGAUGUCCAGCGCUUAGAGCGUGAGAAUGAGGCUCUGCAGAAACGCAUCGCAAGCCUCGGGAUCACUUGCGAGAAGGUGGACGCCUUGGAAAAGGAGAACACUGAGCUUGAAGCCGAGAGCAGGAGGUUAAAGAAGAAGAUCGACGGAUUGAGGAACGCCUCCCUGCAGCUGGAAGCGCUGGAGAAAGAGAAUACCCAACUUGACGAGGAGAACCUGGAGCUGCGGCGCACAGCCGAGACUCUGAGGUCCGCGGGUGCCAAAGUGGCUCGUUUGGAGCAGGAAAACCGUGAGCUGGACAGCGAGAAGAAUCAGCUGCAGAGAAACCUGGAGCUGCUCAAAGCAUCGUCUAAGAAAACGGAACGCCUGGAACUCAGCAACCAAGGUCUGGACUCGGAGAACCAGCGUCUCCAGAAGGCCCUGGAGAACAGCGGGCGUAAAAUCCAGCAGCUGGAAGGAGAGCUCCAGGAUCUGGAGAGCGAGAACCAGAGCCUCCAGAGAAACCUGGAGGAGCUGAAAAUCUCCAGCAAGCGUCUGGAACAGCUGGAACAAGAGAACAAGGUGCUGGAGCAAGAAAGCUCACAGCUGGAGAAAGAAAAAAAGCAGCUGGAGAAGGAGAACAAGAGGCUACGGCAGCAGGCUGAGAUCAGAGACUCCAAGUUAGACGAUGACAGCCAGAGGAUCUCGCAGCUCGAGAAGGAAAAUCGCGCUCUGAGCAAGGAGGUGAGCACACUGAGCGAUUCCUACAACCGCGUCAAAGAUCUCGAGAGGGACAACAAGGAGCUGGUAAAGCAGGCCUCCAUUGGCAAGAAGACCCUGGUCAUGUUGAGAGAGGAGUUGGUAAACGAAAAACUGAAGAACCAGCAGACCAACAAUGAUCUAGAGAAGCUGACUCAUGAGCUGGAGAAGAUGGGCCUGAAUAAAGAAGGACUGCUGCACGAUGAACAGAGCUCUGCUGCAAGGUUUAAGCUGCUUGAGUCGAAGCUGGAGUCCACACUAAAGUCCUCGCUGGAGAUCAAAGAGGAGAAGAUCGCCGCCCUGGAGGCCAGACUUCAGGAGUCCUCCAACCUCAACCAGCAGCUCCGACAGGAACUCAAAACGGUGAAGAAGAACUAUGAGGCUCUCCGGCAGAGGGAAGAGGAGGAGCGCAUGGUGCACAGCUCGCCCUCAAGAGGUGGGGACGACUCUCAAAGCACCAGUAAGUGGGAGAAGGAGAGUCACGAGGCCACUCGAGAGCUCCUGAAGGUCAAAGAUCGACUCAUCGAGGUGGAGAGGAACAAUGCCACUCUUCAGGCAGAGAAGCAGGCACUGCGUACGCAACUGAAACAGCUGGAGACUCAAAGCAGCAACCUCCAGGCUCAGAUCCUCGCUCUGCAGAGACAGGCCGCCUCACUGCAGGAGAACAACACCACGCUGCAGACUCAGAACGCGAAACUCCAGGUGGAGAACUCGACUCUGAAUUCGCAGAGCUCGGCGCUCGUAGCCCAGAACGCCCAGCUCCAGGGUCAGCAGUGCAGCGCAGAGACUGAGCGGGAUGGCGCUGUGCGAGACCGCGAGGAGCUACGGUCCACCUACGAGCUGCUCCUGAGGGACCAUGAGAAGCUCGCGACUCUGCACGAGCGCCAGGCAGCCGAGUACGAGGCACUGAUUGGCAAACACGGGGGGCUGAAGAGCACACACAAGAACCUGGAAGUGCAGCACCGAGACCUGGAGGACAGGUAUAACCAGCUGUUGAAGCAGAAGGCACAGCUGGAAGAGCUUGAGAAGGUUUUGAAAGCUGAGCAGGAGAAGAUGCUGUCUGAGAACCAGAGGCACCAGGCUACAGCAGCUGAGUAUCACAAACUGAAGGAAGAAAACCACAAGUUAAACACGACCUACCAGCAGCUGCUGAAAGAUAACGAGGGGCUGCAGGCCGACCACAAGAACCUGAAGAGCCAGCUGAAUGCUGCCAAACUGGAGCAGACUCGCCUGGAGGCCGAGUUCUCCAAGCUGAAAGAGCAGUACCAACAGCUGGAUAUCACCUCCACCAAACUCACCAACCAGUGCGAGUUGCUGAGCCAGCUGAAAGGGAAUCUGGAGGAGGAAAACCGGCACUUGCUGGACCAGAUCCAGACCCUGAUGCUGCAGAACCGAACCUUGUUGGAGCAGACCAUGGAGAGCAAAGACCUUUUCCACGUCGAGCAGAGACAGUACAUAGACAAACUAAACGAGCUGAGGAGACAAAAGGAGAAGUUAGAGGAGAAGAUCAUGGAUCAGUACAAAUUCUACGACCCCUCACCCCCUCGGAGAAGGGGAAACUGGAUCACUCUGAAGAUGAAGAAGCUGAUCAAGCCGAAGAGCCGCGAGCGAAUGCGCUCCCUGACGCUCACGCCCUGCCGCUCUGAGUCAAGCGACGGCUUCCUGGUGGCUCCUCAGGACAGUCAGGACAGCUCAUCCAUGGGCUCAGGGUCACUCGACGACCCUCUGUGUCAAAAGAGGAGCGGAAGGAGGAGAGCACAGCACAGCAAUGUGCAAAGUUCCUCCAAUGCACUAAAAAGGCUGCCCUUUAUGAGGAACAGGUCCAAGGACAAAGACAAAGUGAAGGCCAUUUAUCGGCGUUCCAUGUCCAUGAACGAUCUCCUGCAGACUAUGGCGCUGUCCGGUGCUGGUCAGUGGAGUGGCAGUACAGAUCACCUGGAGGCCCCUGAGGACCCGGUGUGUGCAGGCGGGAGCCAGCGAAUGAAGGAGCUCGCGUACUCCACGACGGCCAUCGACUACACCACCCUCAGCACCAAGCACAAGCUCAAGAACAAAGAUAAUGUCUCCUGCGAGGACGUCACUCCUACUUCUUCAGACGAGCAGAGUGCCGUUCAAAGCCAAGGUGCAGUGAACGGCAGUGCGAGUCGACCACACAGCGAGAGCAGUGGAGAGUUCAGCCUCAGCCUGGAUGCCGAGGUUUGGUCGAGCGAGAGUAGCCCGGUUCAGAGAUCAUCUCAACACAACCACCAGAGGAGGAGGAGCAGCAUUCACGCCAACGAGUCUGGCAGCCAAGACAAUCUGAGUGCAGAGUCCCCACGCUUUUCCAGAGCAUCCGAUCCUGUGCCGAAGGAGCGUCCCAAGGGGCGGGGAAUCCUGCGGUCUGCCAGUGGGAAGGCCACGCCCAGCGAGCCCAGAGCGGGCCGUCCGAGUCUGCGCAAGGCGGAGAGCACCCGGGUGAAGGGUCCGAGUCAGCCGCGAUUAGGCCUGAGUGCUCAGGCGAAAGCGACGUCCGUGUGCGAACGCCUGGACGCCUCGUCGUCCUCCGCCGGCCUCCCUCGCGCCAGCAGUGUCAUCUCUACAGCCGAGGGCAGCACGCGGCGCUCCAGCGUCCACGAUAUGCUGGCCAAGGACGCCCGCGAGCCGGUCUCCGUCGAUCCGUCACCCUCGAAGACUCAAACCGCAUCCAAUGUGGAAACAUCACGCGAACGCAGGAAAACUAAAAGCCGAUCCGGAGAGCAGCAUAUCUCCUAAAGGGUGAUUGUUUUCCCGAGCCGGGAAAAAGGGGCAAGAGUCUGGGUGCAGGAAGUGGGGGGAGGGGACGAAGGGGGAGAACAGAUGUCCGAGCUGCACGCUCUUCGCUUCAUGGAGCUCGUGGGGGUUGAAGAUGUAUCCCGAAGACGACGGCUACGCUCCUGAACACACUACAUUCCCUCUUUCUUCACUGCGGUACUGCAUGAUGUUCUGAUACCGUGUCUGGAAGCUCCACCUGUAUAUAUACACAUGUCUUCACUGCUUCCUCAUACAGAAGCUCUGAACUUUUAUGAAGAGCUUUACAUCAGUCUUUUUUUUUUCUUUUUUUUUCCUUGAAUCAAGGAAAUACAAGCGCUCCUGUUUUUGUUUUGUUUUGCUUGAAUCUCAAUCAUCUGCUGGUGCGAUAUAUAUUUUUUUUUUUUCUUCACUCUUUUUUGAAACCUGCAUCCAGAUUCGAUUCAAACACAAUCAUCUACAAAGUGGAUGAGAAAUGUGAAGCACAAUGACAAAUAGAGUGUGUUCGUGUGUGUGUGUGUGUGUGUGUGUGUGUGUGUGUGUGUGUGUGUGUGUGUGUAGGACUACUGCUGCCAUUCAGACCUGACUUUUGCCUGAAUACGCAUUUCAUGUAAGAAAACGAGAAGAGUUGUCUGCUUUAUUACACACGUUUCCACAAUACAAAGCUGAUUUAAGAAAACGUUCCAAAAUACAGCCUCCUGUACCUUUAUUCACCUCAAACCACAUUCCCAUAGUGUUCUUUUAUUUGUACUAAUCAAAUAUGGUCUAAACAAACAACAACAAAAAAGAAAUGAUGCUGGAUUUGUUUUUCAGUCGUCCAAGAAAAGUACUGCCACAAUGUUCAGAAAUAAAAAAACAAAUAUUCAGUUCAUAUCACAAAUUAUACGUAGUGCAUUUUUUCUCAAUCUCAACUGUUUUUCCUUCGUCUUAUAGUCAAAUGUUUUAUAUAUAGUUACAUUUAAAGAUGUUGACACAAUGUUUAAAAAAACUAUGACUUGUCAUUUUUCUAUUACUAAGAAAUCGCGAAGCAUAAACUCCUCUGUACUGAAGAUGUUGGUUUAUUACCGAAAUACACGUUCAUAU